GCUGUGGGAAAGAUGGCGGGCCCAUGGUGGAGGCAAUGCCGGAGGUGGAGUACAAACUGUACAAGUACGAGUUUAUUGGAAACCAUGUGGCAUUAUAACGGCAGGUCUGCGUCUUUCUCGGCGUCCUCUCUGGGGCGGGCGUCCCCGAGCUCAAGGCCGGGGAACGAGGGACAUCCAUCAUCGUCAACACAGUUAAUCCCGAAAACUUUAAACUUUACCUCAUCUCUAAACAGACACAAGUCACGGUUGCUGUAUCCCACGCUACACUCUUGCUGCUGCAAAACGAUACACAGUGAUGCAAAGCUCAAGGACCCCUUCACAUUAGCCCAGAAAGACCUAACAAGUUUAUAUGACGACAUCAAAAAGGAGCUGUUUGUAUCUAAAGAAGAGCUGAAGUCUCUGUGUGACUACUACUUUGAUGGCAAGGGCAAGGCCAUCCGACCAAUGAUUGUUGUUCUGAUGGCCCGGGCCCUCAACAUCCACAGCAACAGAGCAGGAGAUUUGCUCCCGGGGCAGAGGGCUAUAGCUAUGAUCUCAGAAAUGAUUCAUACUGCCAGCCUGGUGCACGAUGACGUCAUAGAUGGAUCAGAUAAGCGCAGAGGAAAGAGAACCAUCAACGAAGUGUGGGGUGAAAGAAAGGCUAUCUUGGCAGGAGAUUUCAUCCUCUCAGCAGCCUCCAUGGCCUUGGCUCGUAUUGGUAACAACACUGUGGUGAAAGUGUUGUCCCAGGUGAUAGAAGACCUGGUACGAGGUGAAUUCAUGCAGCUGGGCUCCAAAGAGAACGAGAAUGAGAGAUUCAAACAUUACCUCGAGAAAACCUUCAAGAAGACAGCGAGUCUUAUUGCAAACAGUUGUAAAGCAGUAUCCAUUCUGGUAAAUUCUGAUCCUGAAGUUCAUGAAAUAGCCUACCAGUAUGGCAAGAACGUUGGCAUCGCAUUUCAGCUGGUGGAUGAUGUCUUGGACUUCACAUCAGGAGCCAGUCAGCUGGGGAAACCCACAGCCGCAGAUCUCAAACUGGGCUUGGCUACUGGACCGGUCCUGUUUGCUUGUCAGCAGUUUCCAGAGCUUCAUGCGAUGAUCAUGAGACGUUUCAGCUCUAAUGGAGAUGUGGAUCGAGCCUGGCAGUAUGUUUUGCAGAGUGAUGGUGUGCAGCAGACCAACUACCUGGCCCAGCGCUAUGGUCAAGAAGCCAUCAGACAGAUCAGCAUGCUCAGGCCGUCCCCAGAGAGAGACGCCCUCAUCAGGCUCACUGAGAUGGUGCUCACCAGAGACAAAUGAACCUCCCUCUGCCGGGGCUUCACUUCAGGCAGCUACCUGCGGAAAAGUGCAACUCACCUUGACUGCCCGUGCGUCUGUGCAGGACGGGUCAAAACAAAGACGGUGAGAGAAGCGAUGGGAGUUUGGUUCAGAAGGACCCCUAGUGCUGGUUUUAGUGCCAAGUCUAAAUUCAAAUGGCAGGCUGGUUUGUCAGAACACUUAAUCAGAAUCAAGGGAUCAAAACAGCACAAAGGGGUCUCUCUGAACUGAUAACCUGUUGUUUCGUGGUCCUCUUCUAAAACUCCUAAAAUAUACACACAAGGGUGAGUGGCUUAGUCCUGCAUUGACAUAUAAAUACACUUGGUUUUUACUGAACAUCCUUGUGAUUUCCCAGAUGAAAUCACAUUGAUAAUUUGGACAUGAAUUAUUAUCUUAAGUUAAGCCACAACCCAAACCUUCACUGCAUACAGUACUGUAUCUACAACUGCCUCCCACGCCUCAGACUAGCAGAUUGAGUGAGUACAGUUUGUUACAAGCUAGUUCUGAGCUGUGGAGCUGUUGUCACAAUCUGUGUAAUUCCAAAUGAAAAUGCAUAACUGUCAUCGGUGUGUUCGUCAGGAUCUGUGUUAAUGUCCUUUGAGAUCCGUCCACACCUCAAAAGGCCAAACAGUCUUGUCUUUUUGACCUGUGAAAUGUUAUGAGGUUACUUCUGUAAAACAAAGUGCCCUGUAACAACCAAGGCCUUAACAUCUACAAUGACUGUGUGUGUUCAAUAAACCAUUUAGCUUUUUUAUUUAA